GUUAAAUGAUUUAAGAGUUUUACACAUGGAAGAAAAAUUGGCAGCAUAUAAGCGUCGCAGAAAACGCGAAGAAACAAUUUCCAAUUUGAAAAGUAAAUUUUUCAAUAUGUUUACAAGGAAUACAUCAGACUCUGCCGAGAAAAAAGUUUUGAUUGAUAUACCAGAAAAGGUUAGCGACAUUGAUGACGAAACAGACAGUUCUCUAAAUGAGAGUAUCAGUACAUCCCAAAUCGAUACUGAUCGUUCAGAAGAAACUGAUUUGAAGGAUUCAAAAUUAAAUUAUGUCUUCUAUUUUCUAUCCUUUAUGUGUUGGGCUACGGUAUAUGUAAUUGCGAUUAAGUUUGGAUUUGGUGUAGUCUAUUUGCUAAUAUCUGCUUUAAUAGGAAUUUAUUUGAAUACUCGUACAACCCCGAAGAAGGCUGGGGAAGUAAGUGCAUAUAGUGUUUUUAAUAAAGGUUGCCAUAGUAUCGAUGGCACUUUGAAGGCUGAACAAUUUGAAAGAGAAAUUCGAUAUGGUGCAAGUAGUGUAAGGUGAUAAGAAUAUAAUAUAUGUUAAUUAUUUAAAUUA